UUAUAUUUUGUCUUCAUCCUUGUUAUAGGUGGUGGAUCAUGGGAUAUCAGUUGAGCUCAACCUGUCUCACCUCUUCAACUGUUUUCUCGUGAUGUUCUUCUCAUACCUCCUUUCCAAGUUCCUUUACCACCGGAGUUCCCCUGAACUACGACAAGUCUUACUCUAGUUACUAGAACUGACCCUCAGUUGGAAGAAGAACUUCGUAGAGGGAAGGAGAUACAUCUCCCAAGUCCCAGACCUUGAAGAUGACUACAGGAGGGUAAUGAAGGAAUUCGCAGACGAGUUGGAGAAGCUGGCUGAGAAACUGCUGGAUUUGCUGUGUGAGAAUCUGGGGCUGGAGAAAGGGUACCUGAAGAAGGCCUUCUAUGGGUCAAAGGGUCCUAACUUUGGCACCAAGGUCAGCAGCUACCCUCCUUGCCCCAACCCAGACCUCAUCAAGGGCCUCCGGGCCCACACCGAUGCCGGAGGCAUCAUCCUCCUCUUCCAGGACGACAAAGUCAGCGGCCUCCAGCUCCUCAAGGAUGACCAGUGGAUCGACGUUCCUCCCAUGCACCACUCCAUUGUCAUUAACCUCGGCGACCAGAUCGAGGUGAUCACAAAUGGGAAGUACAAGAGCGUGAUGCACAGAGUGAUAGCCCAGACGGACGGGAACAGGAUGUCGAUCGCCUCGUUCUACAACCCAGGGAAUGACGCCGUGAUCUAUCCGGCGCCUGCGCUGGUGGAGAAGGAAGCGGAGGAGAACAAGGGGAAGUAUCCCAAGUUCGUGUUCGAUGAGUACAUGAAGCUCUAUGCUGGGCUUAAGUUCCAGGCCAAGGAGCCCAGGUUCGAAGCCAUGAAGGCCCUUCAGAGCUCUGUUUGAUGCUACCUUUUAGUAGCUAUAAAUGUGUGCUGAGAAGAUUUUCGAAGAAUAAUAAGAACUAUCAUGA